ACCCGCUAGCCGCCACCGCUCCGCUCAGUCGAUUCGCAGCGCCGAGUGCGUCCGCUGGCUGCACGCUUGACGCCUUUGCCGGCGCGCGAUUAAAAAAUAAACAUUACAAAAUCUGUCAACACGUUCGUUCAUUUUGAAGCCAAAUAUUUCAAGAAGAUAACGAAUACGAUCUAGUGUUGUGCUUGUGAAACAACUGAAAACAACCACCGAAUAAUUUGAAGUGUUAAUAAUUAACAAUUUUGGUACAAAAGGGAAAACAAUCGUUUAAGAGUGAAGAGUGAUGCUAUAUGACAUAUAACUUAAUUUAAAAAUAAAUUCGUGUAAUAAUCUAACAAAAUGUCGACCGAGAGAGAAGAAACACAAGAAUACAUCAACGGCAUGAGACCCGGUCCAUUGACUAGAGAAAUACCAGAAUGCAUGAGGGACAAAUAUACAAUUGUGCAGACAAUUCUGGACGUUAUAGCCUAUUGGAUAUUAUUAUCAGGUUAUAUAAUUACGGGGAUAUACAGGGCGAUAGUAGGAUACCCAAAGAAGGAACUUAAAGAUAGUAUAGCUGUGGUGACUGGUGGCGGAGGAGGUCUUGGCAGUUUGGUGGCUCUAAGACUGGCGAGGCUUGGCUGCACUGUCGUUUUAUGGGAUAUCAACAAACAAGGGUUGGAAGACACAGUCAAACUAGUCAAAGGCAUCGGUGGAAAAUGCCAUGGUUACGUAGUGGAUCUGGCCAGUCGUGAGGACAUCUACAGAGUAGCCAAGACGGUCCACGAGGAAAUCGGCAGAGUGAGUUUGCUGAUUAAUAACGCUGGCGUCGUGUCCGGCCAGUAUUUACUUGACACUCCAGAUCACCUCAUCCAGAGGACGUUUGACGUCAACGUAUUAGCUCAUUUUUGGACCGUGAAAGCGUUCCUACCUCAAAUGAUUGAACAUAACAAUGGUCAUAUAGUUACCAUAGCGUCGAUGGCGGGCCAUGUCGGCGUCGCGAAGCUCGUUGACUACUGCUCGUCUAAAUCAGCAGCUUGCGGCUUCGAUGAAGCCUUGAGAUUGGAGUUAGAAGUUCGAGGAAUCAAAGGAGUCCAUACGUCACUAAUCUGCCCCUAUUUCAUCCGUUCCACUGGAAUGUUUGAGGAAGUUAAUUCAAGGUUCGUGCCGCAGCUGAACUCCAACGAGGUAGCGGACCGGAUCGUGUUUGCGAUCCGCACCAACGAGCCCCUCGCCGUCAUGCCGGGAUAUUUCCGAUUGUUGCUGCCUUUCAAAUGGUUGGUUCCGUGGCCGUGUGUAUCUGAGAUCAUCCGUGGUCUGGUGCCGGACGCGGCACCUGCCCCUAUAGCCUCGCACCGGCCACAACUUACUGACGAUUUGGUACCAACAUCUCACAAAGGCAAGCUGGACUCGCGCCCGAUGUCGCUAGUGCCGCCCGCGCGCCACGACCGCCAUGUUUGAUGUCACCGUGACGUCACAACAUGGCGCCACGAGUGAGGAACUUUGUCAAAGUAUGGCAACAUUCUAUCUUAAUAUAUGUAUGACAUAAUUAAAAUGUGCCUAUUCAAAAAUUAUUGUGAUAUAUCAAUAGAGAUUAUAUUGCUCUUGACUUUUAUAAGGAAAUAUUUUGUCAAAUGUUUUACGUAUUUUAUUCUAUUUUUUAAUUUUCAAGGAACUAUAUUACUAUGGAAGAUAUUUUAUAAAAUUAUAAUACGAUAUCAAGAAAUUAUUAUAGUUUGAGAAUAUUUGACAAAGUUCCUUAUUGAAUUUCGGCAAAACUACUUAAUUUGGUUAUGGAUAGAGAGUAAUUAGUUAAAUUACUGUGGGCAAAUUAUUUUUUUCCUGUUAUCUUCAUUGGGUUUUUGCAAGAUGCAAAAAAUGUCUACAAUCCAAUUUUAAAAUUAAAAAAAAUAUAGCUGUCAGUGAAACAAUAUUAAAACUAUAGUUAUAAAAGUAUUACUCUUUUAUGUGAAAUCUAAUUCUCCAGAGAAUUCUAAAUAAUGUUAAACCAUUUUUUAGUUGUCUAAAAGAAUGUGUAUUAUAUAAUUACAGUGUUAAAAUUACAUUUUUAUUUUAUAGUAACGAUUGUAAAAACAAUUAACAAAUUUAUGUUAAUAUUUUUUCAAUCUAUUUAAGAAUGUAAUUAUAUGAAAAGGUAAAUAUUAAUUUUAGGUUACUUACUUAGUUUUAUUAACUUGAGUUAAGUGACAUAUUAAGACACUGCGGUAUUUUAGUUACAAAUAAGGUGAUGAAUUUGGAUCAGAAAACAUAUAGCUGUCUCUUUUAUUCUCAAUGAAAAGAAAAGAGAUAACACAUUUUUAGAAAGAUUUUUCGAGAGUGGAUACGAUAAAAUGUGAUGUUUAUAAUUAAAUAAGUUUUAUAUUAAUUAUGUCAGUAGUUCCAUUAUUUUCUUAUUGAAAAAAAA